AUGGAGCCCGUCCUGAAAGGUGUUUCUGCAUUUGUAGACGUUUGGUCAUCUAACAGAAGAGAAAAUUACUCAAAAACUUUUGAACAGCAACUUCUUGAUAUGGGAGCAAAAGUUUCAAAAGCUUUGAACAAGCAUGUGACCCAUGUAGUCUUCAAAGACGGACAUUUGGCUAAAUGGAGAAAGGCACAGAAGAUGGGUGUAAAAAUUGUUUCUGUACUCUGGGUGGAAAAGUGUCAACAAACUGGACUACAUGUUGAUGAAUCCUUAUUUCCUGCAAUAGCUGUUAAUGAAGAAUUCCCACUACUGAUGAAAAAACACAGAUGUAUGCAACCAAAAGACUUUGUUGAAAAGACUCCAGAAAAUAGUACAAGGAUGCAGAGAAGACUGGACCAGAUGACUAAAGAAUUAGCUGAACAAAAGAGAGCAAUUAGUGCUGAAAAUGAUAUACCAGUUCUACUAUUUCAAGACGAUGGUUCGCUUGCAUACAGCCCUAUUAAAGCAAAAGAUCUGUGCACUAAAAUGGAAAGGAGAAUGAAGGACAUGAAGGAAAAACAAGAAAAUCUUUCUUCUACUGCUUCUCAAAUGUUUCAGAUACCUACAAGCAGUUCACUAGGAGACUGCCCACUGUCUACUUCUGGCUUAACUAGUUCAGAAGAUGCAUUGUUACCAGGAGAACAAAUGGGAGAUUGCUUGAACUCAAGUUAUGACUGUAUUUGGGAAACUGAUAAGAGACAGAAAACAGAGGCAGUAGAACACACCUCUGAUGCUUCGACCAAUAUUCGUGUAUCUAUGAGUGCAUCAGCGAGUUCUCCCUCAUGCAGCCAUGUGCAGAAGAGCUUAAUACUAGAACAGCACAGCAUAGGAAGCUUAAAGAAACGUUUUUUACAGCAGACUUUGGAUGACAAAUUGCCUUUAGAAAAGGAAGAUCUAAAAAAGCUUCCAAAGAAAAAUUGGCAGGACGAAAAUAGCACAAGUACCUCAGCUGCAAAUGAUGGGUCUCUUCUACGCUGCAAGGGCUUGGGUCAAAUUAAUCCUUACGAAAAUACAGCCACGUUAAAUACUGUUCCUGCUUUCAUUGGCAGUCUUUCUAAUUCACCUAUCAACAGUGAAGGCUUGAAUACUUGUUCAUUGUAUAGAAUCUGCCCUGUCGACAGAAACAGUAGUACUGAAGAUAAGAUGAGGAAGAAAGUACAAACACUAUCUAGUUGGAAACUGACUACCUCAGAACCAGGUGCAUCAGCGUCUGAAGAGUUCUUAAAAGCAAUUACUACACGUAACAAGUCUUUUUGCACUGAAGAAACUUCUUAUGAAGACUUCUUUUCAUCAUCUGAUUGGAAUAAAAAGUUAGUACAGAUGGUGGAAAAAAUUGACACUGCAGAAGCUCUGGGUUCUGAUGAUAUGAAUAGGAUUUUUCAUGAUUCUGCUGACGCAGCCUACGGAACCAAUGUGAAUUAUUGUAUUGAUACUGCUGGUGAUGGAAACAAAGUUUCAGAGUGUCAUGUUACUGAUGGCUCUUGCCCAGUUUAUAAUGAACAAACAAGUAAGUCCAAUGGGAGGAAUCAAAGUACAGUAAUUCAAGCAGUGAAUAAACUUGGAGACUUUUUGUUCUCAGAGGGUGAAUGUGAAACAACAAGUUGUAUAGUUGCAGGGAGUCCUCAUCGUGCCUUGAAUGUUUUGCUGGGACUUGCUCAUGGGUGUUGGAUUGUUUCUUUUGAAUGGGUUCUGUGGUCUCUAGAGCUGGUCCAUUAGAUCUCAGGCAAGCCAUAUGAGCUUCCAUGCAGCUUCCCUACACCUCCUCUGAUUGAUGUCCACAUGGAGAGGUCAUACACCUCCAUUCUCCAGCCACCUGUUCCUGCUCCCUUCCUCACACCAGCAAUCACAUUUGUUGUUGAAUUUUUGACUAAGCCAACAGGCACUAACCGAAAAGAAAACAAAGGACAAUUGCCUGUCAAGUUUGCGGAUUGUGGAUCUCUCUUAGCUGUUACUAAGAUAACUGUGUCUCUUGAGAGUGUAGAAAAGAUGUUCAAAGGAGUAACACCAUUUAAAAUUAUAUGCAAAAUGUCUUCCAUUAUGAAAGGCCCCCUUAUGACAUCACUGGAACUCUUAUUUGGAGGCACAGCUAUCAGCUAUCCAGGGAAAAGGUAUGGGAAGUGCUGCUGUUAUUCUGAGAAAUUUCUUUUAGAUUCAAUCACUCAGCAUACAGUAUGUCCCAUGGAAAACUACAUUUUUAAUGUGAGCUAA